UCAACCUCGAGCACAAAAUGUAUUUGAUGGGUCCAUACACUUUAUAAGCAAUAUAUUUCAGAAACUCCGGUGGUGGUAUCUGGAGGCCGGUGCCCGGAUUUUCACGGGUUGCCCUUCGUAGGUACCAGUCGUUCCGUUCGCUGCUGCUGAACGGGAGCACAACCAGUUUCUCUCCAUGAAACGCACUGAAAUGCCGCGGUUCUUGCCACGUGGAUUUUACAGGUCAGCACAUCGUGCUGUGAUACCCCUGUGAUUUAAACCGUUUAACACGAUACAGAGGCCACGGAACUUGCGGCGCACAGCACCCCUCCGGCGACUCUCUUUAUAAAGCCCGAGGAGAUGCGGGAACCCUCCCCAGGGAUGAGCGGCGGCGGCAGCGAGCGCUCGGCGGCCGCCCGGGGCUCGCUCUGCCCCCCGGCGCGGGGGCGGUCGGGGGCGGGGCGGCCGCCCGGUGCCCCGGCGGGCUCGGCUCUCCCCUCCCGCCGGCAGCGCCGUGGCGCGGCUCCCGCGGAGGGGCCGGGACGGGAGCGGAGCGGCACCGCGGGCUCGGCGAGGCUGGACGGCCGCGGCAGGGGGCGAGGCCGCCCGGCGGGGGCCGUCGGGGGCCCGGCGCGGCGCGGGGCCCGGCGAAUGGCGGCGGCGGCGGCGGCCGGGAGCAUCACCACGCUGCCCGCGCUGCCCGACGACGGGGGCAGCGGCGCCUUCCCCCCCGGGCACUUCAAGGACCCCAAGCGGCUCUACUGCAAGAACGGCGGCUUCUUCCUGCGCAUCAACCCCGACGGCAGGGUGGACGGCGUCCGGGAGAAGAGCGACCCGCACAUCAAAUUGCAGCUUCAGGCAGAAGAAAGAGGAGUGGUGUCGAUCAAAGGCGUAAGCGCAAAUCGCUUUCUGGCUAUGAAGGAGGAUGGCAGGUUGCUGGCCUUGAAAUGUGCAACGGAAGAAUGUUUCUUUUUUGAGCGUUUGGAAUCUAAUAACUACAACACUUACCGAUCACGGAAAUACUCUGAUUGGUAUGUGGCACUGAAAAGAACUGGACAGUACAAACCUGGACCAAAAACUGGACCUGGACAGAAAGCUAUCCUUUUUCUUCCCAUGUCUGCUAAAAGCUGAUUUCCACAGCGG